CAAAACGGGUCCCAUAUAAACACGUAAGGGAAGCUUGGAUUUAUCCUCGUUCCCAGCAAGAAGGAAGUACGCCGCCCUCUGCCGCCGUCUCGGGUUGCGGAAUUCCGGCGAUCGGAGAAGGAGGCUCGGGAGGGGGACGGCGAUGGGGGGCAAAUGGUGGAAGAUCGCCGUGCGGUGGUGGUGAUCGGCGCGAUGAGGGAAGCGAACAAGCGAUACGGGUAUGACAAGGAGAGCGUGCUCCGGGUGUUCGGAGAAUGGUCCGACCGGCUGGGCGUGUGGGCGAUCCCGGCGUACGUCGGGAUCCACACCCUCUCGCUCGCCCUCUGUCUCCCUUCCGCCGUCUUCUUAGAGGCCGGAGCUUCCCUCCUCUUCGGCUUCUCCGCUGCCGUCCUCUGCGUUUUCGCCGCCAAGAUUCUCGGCGCCUCGCUGUCGUUCUGGAUCGGCAGGCUAGUUUUCAGGAGUUCAAAUUCAGCAAUGGAAUGGGCUCAAAGCAACAAAUACUUUCAUCUGCUUUCUAGGGGAGUUGAACGAGAUGGUUGGAAAUUUGUUCUUCUUGCUCGGUUCUCACCCAUACCAUCAUACAUAAUUAACUAUGCCCUGGCAGCUACCAAUGUUGGGUUUGUAUUGGAUUUCCUCCUUCCCACGGUCAUUGGUUGUGUGCCAAUGAUCCUACAGAAUACCUCCAUCGGCAGCCUUGCUGGUGCUGCCAUGGCCACAGCUUCUGGAGCUAACAAAUCUAGGGUCUGGUCGUUCUUGUUUCCCAUGCUUGGGAUUUUAUCAAGCAUUCUUAUAUCCUUGAGGAUCAAAAGUUAUUCCGCUGCGAUGAUGGUGGAUGAAUCUUCUGUUAACAAGGGUAGUGAUAAUCAGGGUGGUACUACUGAUUCAGCCCACGGUUCAUCCAGCAGAAAAGAGAGUAAGGACAUCAAGAGAAGGCGGUGAUAAAUCUAGAAAGCCUCCUCAGUCUACAUCUCACAAUUCUCUUGGUUUAGAAGAUGUUUGCCAUUCUGGAUAUGUGUUCUUCUCAUCCAAGGGGGGCUCUUUCUUGCAUUGUUGACUGACAUGUUAAGGCUUUGCAAGUUUGUUGCAGGGAAAGUCAUAGCAUUUAACAAAUUGCGCAGGGAAAGCUUUAGACCUCUGCUCUUACUUACAUGGUAGAUUGUAACUUUGGUUCUCUAGAUCCUGAGUUUUUAUUGGUAACCUAUUUAACUGGUUCCUUGCUUUUGGACUUGAGUUCAGGUACAUAUUGUUACAGUGUAAGCUGCUGAAUUUGAAGUCUGCAGAGCCUUUGGCUUUCAUAUUC